AAAUGUGAAGAACGGCUGCUGUGACAGCGGCGGCGGCGGUGUGUGUGAGUGCGGGCGUUUGUAUUAGAAACAGUUGAAUCAGUGCACUAACUGGAGAGAAGUUGAAGAGUUGAAGUUGUCACUCCAUGUUGAGGAGCUCGUGUCACUUUAGUCAGAGUGUCUCCGUGUCGUUGACCAGUUCACCUCCGGAGAUGAAGGAGUGAUUUUAAAGCUCUCCUCUCCUCUGAUGUGAUGGCAGAGCUCCCGUCUGGACUGUUGGAGGCGUGUGUCGUGGUCGGGGCCUCCAGUGAUAAACUUCGAGAUAUACUCCAGCUUCAUCAGCAGAACAAAUUAAACGACCACACCGUGCUAGAAGCCGAGGUCCUGCAGGUCCACGCACCUCCGUUUGUUACCAAAGAGACCAACUCCAGUCAGGCCAUUGGUCCGGCCUUCAGCCGUGUCCAGAGGAGGAAGAGCUUCAUCAAGAAGAAAAGGCGAGACCGAGCUUCAGAGUCGUUAACCAAUGGAGACACAGCAGGUCGGGCGGAGGCGUCACCAGCCACAGAGGACAUCAGCGUUCCAAAGGACCUGGACCUCAUCGCUCUGCCACAGCUUUGUUUCCCUGGUGGUCUUCAGUUAGCCGCAGAGCAGCUGGAAGACAAUUACCACUUCCUCGUUUUCACCGACAUGUUUGGGAACCGAACCCACGGCGUCGUUGUGCAAUAUUACAGAGAUGUGCAGUCGUGUCAGGAAGGCGCUGCCCAGAACGGUCACAGAUGGAAUUCAUCAAAGUCCCGUCUCUACACUCCCUUCGCUGUGUGCAUCAUCUCCAAGUUCCCCUACUACAACGCUCUGAGAGACUGCUUAUCGUGUCUCCUGGUCCAGCUGCGUCCUGCAAGACACGCAGACUUUGAGGAAACGAUCAAAGAGUUUUCUGCCAAACUGUCUCUGGUUCCUCUGCCUCCUCCUGGUCAGCUGCACGUGUCCUUCAGUCUGCGCCCCCUUCAGGUGGUUCUUCCGUCCAGGGACGAUCCAGACAGUCCAGUCAUCGACAUCGACCUUCAUCUUCCGUUCCUCUGUUUCACACACACCGGUCUCCUGCAGGUACUUUCCUGCCUCCUUCAGGAACAGAGACUGGUCUUCUUCUCCUCUGACUGGGCCCGUCUCACUCUGGUUGCAGAGAGUUUGCUGUUGUACCUGCAGCCUCUGUCCUGGCAGCAGCCGUACGUCCCUGUCCUGGCCCGGGGAAUGUUGGACUUCCUCAUGGCUCCCACGGCCUUCCUGAUGGGCUGCCACAUCAGUCACUUUGAGGAGGUUGCUGCUGAGACGGAGGAUCUGAUCCUGGUGAAUGUGGACGACGGCACCAUUCAGUCGUCCUGGUCUGAGACCAUCGACCUACCGUUUAUUCCGCUGGCUGCGGCUGAGUGCUUCACGUCACGGGCCGAGUCUCUGCAGCUGCACUAUGACCUGGAGCUGUGUCACCUUGGAGUCGGCACCGACGCUAACACUCUCCGCUGCCAACGACGGGACUGGCAGAGACGGCUGAACACACAGAUCCAGAACAUCUCCCUGGAGUUGGUGGUCAACAUUUUCAGAGGAGUCCAGGACUUCCUGAACCAUGAACACAGAGUUUUUAACAGCGAGGAGUUCCUCAGGACCAGGGACCCUGGAGACCAGUGCUUCUAUAAGAAGGUGUUGGAUACUCACUUCUUUCACUCAUUCCUGCGAGACAGGCUCAACAGAAAGCAGGACUCCUUCAGCCGCAUGGAGCAGAACACACGUUCACACAGGAACCGAGCCAUGACGGAGUCCCCCCGACGUCCUCCCAUGUCUGAACUGUCCAGGACCGGCUACAACAGCUACACGAGUCCCAACGACAGACUGAGUAAAAGGCUGGGAGCCAGUCUGCCAAACCUGGAGCAGUCUGGGACCGACCACGUGGCUCCCAUCGUCUGCAGCAGACCAGCCUCCCUCAGGAAGAUGACUCCAGAUAUCGGAUUAAAGUUUCUUCAGAAAUCAGUGAAGGUUUUCCGUCUCCCAGAAUUCCCUCCUCCUCUGGCCUACCAUUACGUACAGAACUAUUAUUCAGACAUGGUGGCUUUACUGGGGAAGGCUAUUAACACGACAACGUCUGAGGAGUCUGCCCUCCUGGCUCGGUAUCACUAUCUGCGUGGUUUGGUGAACACUGUGUCCAACAGGCGUCUGGACGCUCUGGAGGACUUUCAGAGUCUUUACAAGACGGACUCAGAAAUCUUCCCCUCUCAGAUGGUCAAAUCUCUGGUCGACUCCCUGCCGGAAAGUGAACGGAUACAGGCCGACAGACGUCCGGAGCUGAAAAGGCUCAUUAGCCGAGUCAAGAGGGACCAGGAGCGGGAACGUGCUCGCAACAGCAUCGGGACUGAGGAAGGUGCUGUAAAGCGCUUCCAGCUGCCGAAAAAAUAUAUGCAGCUGGAGGAGUUUGUGAAAUGCGUCCAGGAGUCUGGGAUUGUGAAAGACCAAGGAACGAUACACCGGCUGUUUGAUGCCCUGACUGUGGGUCAUCAGAAGCAGGUGAGUCCAGACCUGUUCAGAGUGUUUUACACCAUCUGGAAGGAGACUGAAGCUGAGGCACAGGAGGUGUGUUUGCCCUCAUCUGUGUUGGAGCACAUCGAACCCAGCGAGUGCGUCUUCAAACUGUCGUCCUCGGUCAAAACCAGCCGCGGCGUGGGAAAGAUCGCCAUGACUCAGCGGCGCCCCUUCCUGCUGACCGAUGGACGGCCGGGGUACGUGGAAGUGGCACAGUACAGGGAUCUAGAGGAGGUGAAGGUCUCCUCUGCUCCCUUCCUCCUCCUCCGUAUUCCCAGCCUGAAGUUGCGCGUUCGCGGCAGGAAGGAGGCGUUUGAAGCCAAUCUGAAAACGGAGACUGAGCUCUGGAACCUGAUGGUGAAAGAGAUGUGGGCCGGACGCAACAUGGCCGACCAACACAAGGACCCUCAGUACAUGCAGCAGGCUCUGACCAACGCCCUGUUGAUGGACGCAGCCGUGGGCAGCCUCCAAAACAGCAAAUCCAUCUACGCCGCUUCCAAACUGGCGCACUUUGACCGCAUCAAGAUGGAAGUCCCCAUGAUGGUUCCCAAGACGACGGCGGAAACACUCAAGCACAAAAUUAACCCUUCGCUCGAGCUCGCCGCCCCUCAGCCUGUGGAUGUGCUGUUGUACACACCAGGUCAGCUGUGGGUGUCUGUGAGUGGGGGAAAGGUGAUGGUGUUCGACGCCUCCAGCUGGUCCCUCACACAUACAUGUCAUGUAGGGAACGCAAGACUGAAUUGCAUGCUGGGAGUUGACAAGGACCAGGUGUGGAUGGGCUCCGAGGACUCUGUCAUCUACAUCAUCAGCAUGGUGGCCAUGGUGUGUAACAGACAGCUGACGGAACACAGGGCUGAGGUCACUGGACUGGCACUGGACACAGACAAAUACAGCCAGAAGGUGGCGUACUCCUGCAGUGCAGAGGGAGCUGUGAUGGUGUGGGACAUAUCAACACUUCAGGUCAAGAGACACUUCCGUCUGUCGUGUGAUCGUCUGCUGUCCGUCUUCAGCUGCAGUGGAAGUCUGUGGUGCAGCUCCAGGGACAGCAUCAUGGAGGUGUGGAGGAACGGUUCUCUGAAACACCGUCUGAAUCUGCCAGAGCAACAGAAAGGCUCCGUGUCCUCGUUCAGCUCCGUCCUGCUGCUGCCUGAGAGGGAGGAGCUGUGGAGUGUGUGCACAGGCUCAGCAGAAGUGUGUAUUUGGUCCAUGAAGGAUCACACCAAGCCCUUCCACCGGGUGACGCUGCAAGACUGCUCUGGAUGUUACUGCUUAAUCAAAGUCAAAAAUCAGGUGUGGGUCGGUGGCUUCAGCCGCAGCUCCACCAAAGGCAAGAUCUACGUCCUGGACACAGAGCGCCACCAGGUGUUGAAAGAGCUCCAUGGCCACAAUGACAAGGUGACGGCGCUCUGUUCUGCUGAGGACCGUUACGUCCUCAGUGGCGCUGGAAGACACGACGGAAAAAUCGCCAUCUGGAAGGUGGAGUAGUGGACGUUAUCAGACUGGAUUGGACUGAAGAAAGAUUCUGGAGAAUUGAACUGGAAACGUCACGUGACUCCAGGUUCAACAUCCAUAGGAAACAAUGAAGGAAAAAGCUUUAACCUGCUGCUGCUGAGUCACAUGUCAGUGGAGCAAAGCUACAAGUUUACAUCGUCACUGUCUUUGAAACAGGGAUAUGGAUGAUUAAAAUCAGUAGUAGUUUUUUUUUUUUUUUUCAAUAUGAAGGAUGAAAGCAGACUGAAAACAGAGGAGCACGUUGUACUGGACAAAUAUUUAUAUUUUUGACAUAUCUGACAUUACUGAAGAGGUUUGUACUUUUUUAUUUAUUUAUGUUAAAUUCAAACUGUGCCUUAUGUAACUGUACACCGGUGUUUUCAUCAGACUGGUGUCAUGAAGAAACACUAUGUGACUGAGCCUCACCUCCAGCUGUGUGUUGGAGGUGAAUCCUGAAGCUCAAGGUUCCCAGAAACUCACCUUCCUGUUACUGGAGAGUUCUCCGUCACUGUGGGAGAGCAGAACUUCGCUGUUAACAUGUUUUAGCGGAUGUUCCCCAUACAGAUGAGACGUCAUGGAAAAUAUAUAGUGGAAGGAGAAACCGUUGUUUGGAGCUGAACUCGUGAUUAAUCGCUGACGUGUGAUGCACAUCGAUUCCUGUUUCUGCGAUAACUCGAGUAUUUUUCCACCAAUUAAAAACAUACAGCUGGACUACGACCAAAGUAACCUUAGACACAGGUUGUUUUUUUUCUAUUUAUUUAUGUACGUUGUUUUCAGCUACAGUAUUUUACAGAAAUUUCUGAUUUUACGAACCGAGAGUGUGUGAAAACACACAGAUGUGUGUUGUACUUGGUCAUCAAUGCAAGUAUCAGGUGCGUGUA